AUGAAGAACCUCUUCUUCUCUGUGGCAUUCCUCCUCUCCGUCCUCUUCUUCCUCGCUCACGUUAGCGAUGCAACCAUACCAUGCAGCACCGUUGACAUGGAGGCCGCUGCUUGUGUGAAUUAUGCCUCCGGCAAGGAUGCCAAGCCAUCUACUGCAUGCUGCAAUGGGCUGCAGCAGCUUGCUCAGAGCGUGAAAUCGGUUGAUGACAAGAAGACUAUCUGCAGGUGCCUCAAGGCCGGUGUCAAAAACCUUAAAGGCGUGCAGGACAAGUUCUUGAGCCAAAUUCCUACCGCUUGCAAGAUCAAAGUUGGAUUCCCUGUCUCACUCAGCGUCAACUGUGAAACGAUCCACUGA